GAGCCCCGCCCCGCCCCGCCCCCCGCCUCGGCCGGGUCUCGAUCUGGAGCGCGGAGCGCGGAGGCUGCCGAGGCCGCGACGCCGGGGCUGCUGAGGUGGGCGGCGCGGCGGGGUGCGGGGUCCCUGCUCGCUGCUCGGCCCGCUCGCGGCCAGCUGUGCAGGCGGCUGGACCCGCAGCGGCGGCGGCGGCGGCAGCGAGGACUCCAGCGCGGGCGGCGGCAGCGACACCAGCGACACCAUGGAUCUGUCCUUUAUGGCCGCGCAGGCCCCUGGCCAGAUCCCUAAGCAGAUCUCACGUAAUGCCAGAAUCCUUCCCAGCAUUCCGUAGAAAGGGUGAGUGGCCCUCUGUGUGUCUUUGGCGACGGGAAACUUACCACCUUGCAAGACAGUGACUUCUGCGGUCAGGCUGCCACUGUACGGCCGGGGACCUCACUUCUUCUCUCCAAGCCCCGGCACGCUCAACUUUGCAACAGGAUGGUGGUGGUUGUGAUGAGUUACGACAAACCUCGAGAUUAUGAGGCUUAACUAUGGUAACGUGGCCCCUACUGCCCAUGAUGGGAGGCGCCUUCAUGGACUCGCCCAACGAGGACUUCAGCACGGAGUACUCUCUCUUUAACUCCUCCACCAACGUCCAUGCGGCCUCCAACGGCCAGGGCCAGCCGGAGGAGCCUCCGCGGUCCUCCAACGACGCGGUCUUACUCUGGAUUGCCAUCAUAGCGACACUGGGGAACAUUGUGGUGGUUGGGGUGGUGUAUGCCUUCACCUUCUGAGCUUCGGGGUGCCCGCGGGCCCCAGGCCGGCUCACCCCGCGCGGCGCUCGCAGCAGGGCAUGGCUUUGCUCAGAGCACCGUCGCCGUUGGCCUUGGGCUGUGCCCACGUUCUGGAGCCGGGAGUUCUGACCAGGGGCGCGGCACCAGGGUCAGCCACCGUGCGUCAGGAAUUUCCCCAAGCGGCCCCGAUCGCCCACGUUCUAUGCGGUGGUCCAGCUGAUCCAGAAAACAUGGGCGUGUGAGUUUCCAGUCCCCCCUGGGGGCGGGACGGGGCUGAGCCUUGGAGGAGCAAAUUGGGGAAUUCUUGAAACUGCAUUCCAGGAACGUGAGACCCAAAGGAACAGCCAGUCAGGUUUGAAAUACGGACAUGGUCGAUCGCUGGCCGGGGGGAAGUAAUCACACACGUGUCUUGUUUUUAUGCCAACUUUUCACACCUGGUAUGUCCAGUGCCAGGAAGGAGCUGCCCUCAGAACUGGAGCGUUCCUGGAACGGCCUUGGUUUCCCACUCGGCCCUUUGGAAUAUUGGCUGUGGUCACCUGCGCCAUAGAACGUUCCCACUUGACUUGGAGGGGGCACCUCUGUCACCAGUCAUGUGUCCCCUUUCAAGACCCAGAUGCAUCAGGAAACCCAAGGACAGGUAGGAUUUCCUGGGGCGGAGGGACGGGGGCCGGUAUCUCCUGGACAGACUUUCUCUUAUUUAAAACCAGAAGAAACGCCUUUAAUCUUUAGAUCUGCCAAGUAGUCGCAUCUUCAGACACCCGCACGAAGAUGCUUUCCUCUCUGAGAAAUCACGGAAUUUUACAUCGCAGGCUCACACACACCUGAUCUUCUGAUGGAUGUGACCACGCCCGGAGGUUACAGGGUGGAUUCCUGGUGGGGGGUCAGAGCAGGAGGGACAUUUCCUGACUCGGCUCAGGGCUCGGGGCUCUCUCAGCCCCCCACAAAGCAGUCUCUUAAGCAAACUCCUGCUUCUCAGCUGCCCUGGGGGAGAACGCCCAGAGGUUCUGGAAGCUGUGUGCGAGGCAGGCGGGGUGCUCAGACACCCGUGGUUUACUCUCGGCGUGGCUCCCACGUUCUGUUGCAAGGCAUGACUGCGCUCCGUCUGGGUCAGUCCCCUUGGGUUCUUCCAGAUCAGUGGCUGAGGGGGGGCUUGGCAAGCAAGGGAACCCCCACGCGAUGGGACGUGCCGUGGGGACGGGGCAGCGUGGGGAAGGGCUCGCUCUUCUGUCGUUAGGAGAGGCCCCUGCGUGGUUCUCCCUUUCCCAGGCAGCACCCCUGUGCCGACCAGAGUGGGAGAGGCUCCCCUGCGGGCUCUCCCGGGCCAAGCGUGACUGUCUCCCUCUCCCUGUGCUGCACAAAAAUGAAUGGCAUACGCCCCAUCCUCCGUGGCUGAGAAACUGGAAAGACUGGGUAAGAAGCCGUAGUACCGUUUGGGGACCAUCGCAAACGGGCUGGACGUGUCCCUGUGGUCUCAGGAGAAAUGAGUGUUCCUGAUAACAGGCAAAGGGACAUCUCAGCUGUCCAGAGGCAGCCACUCACUCGUCUGGGAGGCUGGCGCUGAGCCGCUGUGAUAACGGGAUUACCGGCCCGACCUCCAGACGGCCGCCAACUCUUAUGAGCCACAUCUGUCACCGCAGCCACGCACGCGUCCGUGAAUGCUUCGGCUCAAGUGGAGGCCAUGAGCGCGGAGAGCUGGAAUGACCUUUGCAGAGAAGGAGAAGGGAUGUGGGACCUUCUGCCUGGGCUCGUUCCGGGGUCACGGACAGGGCUGUGCUCUCCGCAGGGCCGGGCCGGGCUGGGUGGCGAGCUGUCGCGUGCCCAUCACCCCCGCUGCCUCUCCAGCAGACCCCUCCCUGUCUGGGGCCCCCACGUCCACCCCAUGAGCAAGGUCUUUCUUGUAGACCGGUGUCUUCAUAAGAACCCAAGGAGGAGGUCCAGAGCCAGAGGUCCAAGGCUAGGAGGUCACUCCAGCCCAGACGUCCUGAUGCCUCACCUUCUGACCCCACGUCCUCGGGGGAGCCUACAGCCCUGAGAAGAGGCAGGCGACCUCUCCCUGUUCCCCAAAGGGCCUGUGGCGAGGGCAGGGGAGAGAGGGUUCUGGGCCCCGUGAUGGGGAAGGAAGGGAGCGUGUGGCCCCAGCUCUUAAGAAAGACCUGGUAUCCGGGAGAGCCCUGGCAGGCCGGGUGUUUUCUGGAUAAUUCUGGGCGCAGGGAUCUCCCCCCACGAAGGCUUUCUUCCCCUCUGGCAUAAACGCCGGUUAAAUUCAACUUUCAAGAAUUUCUCUCCGUUCAGCAUCAGGGCCACAGACACAAGGCCACGAGCGUUAGGGCCCAUCUUGUCCAAACUUCGCAUUCUGUGAUGACAGUGAUUUGCUCAGGGUCACUCUUCUCAGUCGCCUGUGGUGUUUUUCUUUGUGCGUGUGUUUUUUUCCACCAUCACUUCAACAACGAGGAUAGAUGUGCAUGUGAACGUCCAAUGAAAGGUGAAGGACAGAUUUCCAGCCAGAGAGUGUGCUGUCCUGUCCCUCCUGCCCUAUGUAGCUGGGUUCUGUCUUAGAUGUGGGGUAACGGGCAGGAGGCACUGGGUGAGCGUUGUGUCCAGGCGCCAUGCUGAUUCAAUCCGUACGUGUUCAAUCCGUACGGUUACCUUACGGCCUCAUGGCUCCAGUACAUAGAUAUGGAACCAGAAGCUCAGAGGAGUUUGCCCAAGGCCACACAGCACGAAGGUGACAAGCUGGGAUUGGAGUCUGGACCAUCCGGCUUUAAAGCCAGCCUCUUUUCUGCCACGCCAUGCCGCCGUCGGAGGCUGGCACCUGCAGGGCGCAUUUGAACCAGGCUCUGGGUCUACAGAGGCCAUUCCCCGGGGUCCCAUGUCAUCGCGUGGUGUGGGCCGGCUCUGGCCUCUUCCACAGGUAGAAGUCUGACCGUCCUCAGAACGGGGCACGCUCGUCCCCUGCCCAUUGCCGGCUCUCUGCUCAAGCUUCAGGGAUGGUAGUCCCUGUUGCCUGCUCUCCUGUCUAAAGUUGAGCGCACGUCUUUUUAUGUGGCCGUGGAAAUUUCCAGAGAGCAGCUUUCUUGGGACCAUGCAGAAGGACCCCGGCCAAGACCUGGAGUCCGACAGAGGGCCCACACGAGGAGUGAGGUGCCGACCGCCGGGAUUGCCGAGGAGAGGUGGGAUGGUCUGUGUUGCCGGAAGAGGCUCCAGCCCAGGCUCAGUCAUUCUGUCAAGGCCCAGGGCUGUCCCGGGGAGGAGGGACAGAGGCUCCUGUCGCUGACCCCAGGCUGGAGCUCCUGUUCUGGCUUCUCCUGGGUGACUCGAUGAGCCCACCUUGACUCGAUGAGCCAGCGCUGAGAAAGAAGGGGCUUGCCUCUUCAGUAACUGCUCUUCAGGGAAGAGGUCCUGCCUUUGCUAGAAUGUUCUUCAUGCUUGGCCUUCCACGUCUCCCCAUCUCCCCCCUGCAAGCCACAGGUGUCCCACACUUGUGUUUGUUUGUAUGUGGGACACUUCACUGAGCAGAGUAACACCUGCUUUAGGAGGUCUUGAGCCACUGUCACCGGAGCUUUGGAGGAGAGGCCAGAAGGCACUUCAGGCAGGUGCAUCCCAAGGGCAUCCCACCUCCCGUGUGGGCCUGGGCAAGAUGAUCGCCCUGCCAUCCCUCCCUUCCCCAUGAGGUCAAGGUUAAGAGGCAAGCGAUACUCCCCUGACCUCCCCUAACCACCCCCCCCCAGAGAGAGAGACAGUUAUAUCUCCCUUAAGGUCCCCGGGAUCCAAGGGAGAAAGUUAGGAGGGCAGGCCACUUGGUUGGAGAGGCAGUAGGCCGUUUUCCAGCCUGUUCUAAAUGGAGAGCUUGGAUGUGGCCAGACCACUAGCAAAUGUGGGAAUCCCUCCCUGGAGACUGGAAAGACUCCACCGUCGUCUGCCCUGCUCCCCGAUUCCUUCCAGACAAAUGUCAUGUUUCUUCAGCGUGACCUUCUUUCGUCAUUAAUAGUGGUACUAUUAAUAAUUAUUAUCCUUACUGUUGUCACUUCUUGUGCACCUUUUCCUUGUGCUGUGCUCUGUUUGUAUCCCAUUCACUUCUCAAAUCACCCCUUGGGGGCAAAAGUGAGGUGCAGAGAAGUACGCAUUAGUCAUUGUCCCAUUCUUCUGUUGAGAAAACUGAGGCCAGGCUAAUGUGCCUGAGAACCCACAUCUAGAGAGCUGUGAUUCAGAUGCAACUCUAUUGGCUCUCCAGGCUGGGUAGUUAACCCUGUGUCUCCUUGCAUGCACAUACUCUAUGGGGAGCUCCCUGGAAGGGACCAUCCCAGGAUGGGGGGCUCUGAGGCUGGGGCUGUGUGGGUCCCGGAUAGCAGACUUUCAAGUGUAGGUGUUGGAAAGGGGCAGGAGAAUGCACAUGUGUUCGUCAGUCUCAGAAGCUCACAGUGGUCACGAGGCAUCAGAGAGCCUCCCAUCAGGAUCCGUAAUAUUUGGAAGGGCAACUGGGGCCACGUGGUCACUGAAUGGAGACCUGGCAAGUAUCCAGCUGCCUGGUCCAGGGCACCACCUCCCGGCGUGCUGUGCAUUCACCGGGGAGUACAGGGGUGGCCCUGGACGUGAGCUCCAGCCCCAGGACAGGCAUCAUGCUGUCACCUGUUACCGGGCCCCUGCACCAUGUCCUGGCGAGUGCCCUUUGACCAUCGCCAGAGCAAGCCCUAGGUGGGCUGGACUGCCGUGACCCCGGGACAGCCAAGGAGCUGUGCUCAGGGGGCCAGAGGGGGCAGUCAGAGCCUGAAUGUUCUGUGUUGGCCUGCCCCACCGGCCCCUGGCCUCAGUCAUUCAGUGACAGGGACGCAGGACAGGCUGGCUGAGCUGAGUGCUUGCGAGCCCAGAGGGACAGAGUUCAUAAUCUCUGAUCGGAAAAAGGAGCCUCUCCAAGAAAUUCAGGUCGUCGGAAUUAAACAGAUGUUCCCAGAAAGUCCCUUCUGAGAUUAGACCUUGGGCAUUUUCUUGUCCCUUCUUUUUUUGGGGGGGGAGGGGUGCGACAGGGGACAAAAUAGUGCAAACCACAGUGACUGGAGAGAGGAGUGAUUCCCCCAGUGAGAAAAGGGGAGCUGUCGGGAGUGUGAUUGAAUGGUCGAAGGUAUGUAACAUCGGCUACAUAAAUUUUGGGAUGUAAGUCUGUGAUGUUUGUUCUGAGUCACUGUGAAAGGCAUCAUAUUCUAUCAAGAUGGGCAACAAAGGCAGAGGAAGCCCUUGGAGAGGCUGGAAGGGCCGCACGGUGCCUGGGACGAACCCUGCACCCAUCUUUAGGCCAAGGUGCAGACAUGUGCGUGCCCAGAACAGUCCAUUCAGCUGCAUAAUAAGGUUCAUUCUCUGCUUCCGGGUCCUUUUGCAGGCUGACUUUCCGCCUCCCCAGAGGGAGGUCUGAGACCCCUCCUGCCUCGGGAGUAAAUCCCAACAAGGUAGAUUUGCAGGGAACUUGUGUGUUGUGGCGCUUCGGGAAAUCCAGAGCCCUUAUUCCUCCCCGAGCCCCCUCCAUGUGGCUAGGCAGCCACCAAGUGACCCCAGUGUCUGUCCCAAACCGAGCGUCGGAGAAGCUUGGGAGAGUUUGCCGGGUCAGGCUGGUCGGCACGCGAGCGGGGUCUUGAGCCCAGGGCAUCUAUGUAGCAAAGUUGCUGAACCAUAAUUAGGCCAGCGGUUCUCAACCUCAGAAAAUUCUGUCCUCCAGGGGACCUUUGGCCUGGAGACAAAUGUCGGGAGACAUUUUUGUUUAUCACAACUUGGUGGGGGGUGGUGUUCUACUGGCCUCUGGUGGAUAGAACCAGGGGUGCUGCUGAACAACCCCCCACACACACACCCCCAGUAAC